GAAUCCCAUGAGAAAAUCAAGUCUGCAUGGUAUAAAUUGAAUGAUGGAGUCUUUGUUCAAGUUAUUCUGUUAAUCUUGCCAACUGCCUAUAGUCUGCUAUAUAUAUAGUAUAGCUAUACGGAGAUAAUGUCUGAAGAAAAGGCUUUGCUUCCAAUGUGCUCGAACAACCAGCCACCACCUCCUCAACCUUACCCUGGCUACCCUCCGCCAGCUGCCUCUGGAAUUACUGCCUAUGACCCUAUGAAACAAACAGCACCGCCAGGCCUAGGGCCACCACAUGCAGGAUACGUUGCCCCUCCCUAUUAUCCUGCCUCUCAGCCUCCACCACCACCUGGAGCAUGGGCACCCCAACCAAUUGCCCAGCAACAGACUAGCAACAAUGUGGUGGUGAUGAACUCCCAACCCUCAGUGGUGUCAUCCACAGUGCGUGUGACCAGCAAUGAUCAGUCCUCCUUCAUAUUUGGUGUUGUGGUUUCUGUGGUGGCAGUAUUCUGUCUCUGCUGGUGUUCUCUGGUCUGCACCAUCCCAGGGGCUGUGGUGGGACACAUGGCCGCAACUGCGGGCAGGAAUGGAGAUAAAGUAGCCAAAAGGAAGUACGAUCAAAUCUCUGGGGCACUCAUAAUUGCUGGCAUUGUCUUUCAAGUCAUUGGCCCCAUCAUCAUUAUAGCGAGUGUUGUUGGGCCAAGAUUAAAAUUUACUGCACAUGGCUUACGUAUAAUAUAGAGACUUGAAUGAUAUACAUAUAUAGCAGUCAACAUGUAUAGCAAGACUUUUAGGCUACAUGUAUAUAUAUAGGUUUAUAUUGAUUUUAAUACUGAUA